CUCGGAGCCUCAGUCUGUGCAGCUCGAUCGAUUCUCAUUGAUUGUCCCUGACGAGCUGCUCCACUUUCCAGCCAAUGUCAGCCUGUCUGCGAUCGGGAAGGAGAGAAAUGAAGGAAAAUCUCUGCCGCCCUGGCGGUGUCAUUUCCACACACUUCAAUUGGCAGCCUGCCAGCACACAGGGCAGCGGCAAGAGGUGGACUGGACUCUAAUGGGAGGGAGAGGGGAGCUGGACGAGCCCUGCGUAUCUAUAUGGCACACUGACCAGUGGCAUCAUUUUUUUUUUUAUUGGGACCUCAUGGAAAGCAUAACUGCGCGAUCCCCGAUACCCAGGGAAUGCAAUCUCCUUGGAUAAAGGAUGCCCAUUAUGUCCGACAUUUAAACUGGAACAGAGGGCUUUCCGUUUAAGAGAGCAAUUUGUCAAAAGCAGCCAUUGUUUUACCUGCAGUUUGAAUUACUUGCCUCGAGUGUUGUAACAUGUCUAACGGUCAUCAAGAAGAAAGCAAAAAAGCAGAUGCAUUGGACAAAAGCAACGGCGAAGACGAUCAGACCACAACCACAGAAAGGAGAAACCGGAGUGGCAUAAUUAGCGAGCCUUUAAGCAAAAGUCUUAAGAAGUCCCGUACAUUGUCACAGUAUUCCACAGUUGGCACUGCCAGUUCUCUAAAUGGACAGCUACAGAAUGGAAUGACUGUAGGUAAUGGAAGCGAGGCGACCUCGGCUAAAAGUAACUCUACCUCCUCGACACACAAAAACAUCUCUCAAGUGCUGAACAAAUUGGACAGGGCUGUAGAAGUACCUUCAGAAGGACAGAAUGGUUUACACUUUGCCCAGGCUGCGGAGCUUCUCAAAAGGGCAGGGGCAGAACAUGUCCUUCUGCCUAACGAGCAAGGAGCGGGUAUCGGUGACAUCGAGUCUGUCAGUGUGACAGAAGCAAUGAACAGUCCUGCUGAUUUUCCUUACAUGGGUGGCUUUCCUUUUAAUCCUGGCCUUUUCAUCAUGACUCCCGCUGGCGUGUUUUUGGCAGACAGCGCACUGCACAUGGCUAGUUUGGCAGAGUACCCGAUGCAGAAUGAAUUGGCAUCUGCCAUUAAUUCUGGGAAAAAGAAAAGGAAAAGAUGUGGGAUGUGCCCUCCUUGCCGCAGACGGAUAAAUUGUGAGCAAUGCAGCAGUUGUCGGAAUCGCAAAACAGGCCACCAGAUUUGCAAAUUUCGAAAGUGUGAGGAACUUAAAAAGAAGCCUUCGGCUGCGCUGGAGAAGGUGAUGCUACCCACAGGAGCUGCAUUUCGGUGGUUCCAGUAGGAGAAUAAUUCCAAAGCUGUCAUCAAGUGCAAUGCCAUCUCUUGCUUGUAUUGUUUCAGGCAAGGAUAUUUGGCUGAAACGAAUGGAUGCACCUACUUUUCCUGAACCAAAAAUAAACAGAAGUCUAUGGCAACUCAUUCCUUUUUUUAUAUGUUCUGUUUGGUACCCUUUUUUUGUCUUUUUCCAGCAGUGAUUUUGAGAUGGAUCUGUACAUUGCCAAACUUGAGAAAUAACAGACUGAGUAUGGACAAUCAAAUCAUUUCUGUGUUUGGUGUUAAUGUUGUUUAUGUGUGGAAAGAUACAGUACUUGUGUAGAGAAUGUAAAUUUACAGCUAUAUUUUAAAACUAGUGGCUAAUGACAAGCACUAUUGUAAAUGAGCACCAUUAUUACUACUUACCACAUGCUCUGUAUUUUUUAUUUUUUUUUUUUUUUAUGGGGUGGGAUGGGUUAUUUUUUGUUACACCAGAAAGCUAUAAUUUUAUACCAUCCAAUGAAAUAUUUGUAAUUAAAAGAGAAAGUAACCUAAAUACAGUAUGUAGUUUCCCCUUUUCUGAUAGCAAAAAUUCGUCAAAUAUUACCCUUGCAUUAUUCAUCCAG